AUGGCAUCAAACAAGUCGCAUCUUUUAUUUUGCGGCUUUAAUCAGGACUCCAAUUUAUUAUCGGUAGGAACCUAUGAUGGAUACAAAAUCUAUAAUUGUGACCCAUUCGGGAAAUGUUUCUUUAAAUUACAGGGCGCGACGUCAAUUGUCGAAAUGUUGUUUAGUACGUCGCUCGUAGCACUUGUUGAGAAGGAGGAUGGAAAUAAUCGGAAAUUAAAGCUGGUCAACACAAAGAAAGGUACCACGAUAUGUGAAUUGACAUUUCCGACACCGCUGUUGUCGGUGAAAUUGAAUCGAAAACGGUUGCUUGCGGUACUGGAAGAACAGAUCUACGUGUACGAUAUCAGUAACAUGUUACUAUUGCAUACAAUUGAAACAUGCGGGAAUCUUUUUUCUGUAUGUGCACUGUCACCAAACUCUGCCAAUUGCUAUCUCGCUUAUCCCGACACUGAAACCAAAAAUACUCGACCUGAACUUGAGACUUCUUCGGCAGCUCUUUCCAGUUUAACUGUUUCCGGGCGUGUCAUCGUUUGGGAUGCAGUCCAUUGUAAAGAAAUUACAGUUAUUCAAGCUCAUAAAGAUCCCCUUUCGAUUUUAGAAUUCAACGCAGAUGGUACCAUGUUGGCUACGGCAUCCGAAAAUGGUAGAAUUAUCCGGGUGUACUCCAUUCCUUCCGGGGAACGCCUUUAUCAGUUUCGGAGAGGGUCUUUGCCAGCUCAAGUUUACUCCAUUGCUUUUCACCCUGAUUCCACCCUUUUAGCCGUUUCUUCCAGUACCCAGACCGUUCAUAUAUAUAGACUUAGCAGCUACAGUUUGCCAUCGAAACCUCAGCCAGUUCCUUCGUCCACCACUCAGCCACGAAGAGAGAGUUUGUUCCGAAGGUCUUCGCGAAGUAUUGUGGGGACCGUUGGAGGUUAUUUACCACAAUCUGUUUCGGGCAUGCUAGACCCAGAGCGUGAUUUUGCAUUUGCUCAUAUACCUGGUGACAAGGUGUCCUCAACAGUAGCGUUUAGCGGCGAGAAUUCCAACAUAAAUGUUGCUACGUUUGAUGGAAAUUUGUAUACUUUUCGAAUCAAUACUUCUACGGGUGGAGAAUGUUCCCUUAUAAAUCAUUUUUCAAUUGGCCUGUCUGCAACGUAA